GUGCAGGGCUCUGGGUGUGGCCGCCGUCUCGUGUGGCGGAGCCUGCUCACGGUUCGCUCCCCGCAGCCGAACACCCAGCAGCAGCUCGGUGGUGGCGGCCCCGCUCCAGCUCUUCACGUGGGACGCCUGAGGAAAACGGUCAGGAAGGAUGAGCGAACUGGAACAGUUGAGGCAGGAAGCUGAGCAGCUGCGGAAUCAGAUCCAGGACGCUAGGAAGGCCUGCAAUGAUGCCACGCUGGUUCAGAUCACGUCUAACAUGGACUCCGUGGGUCGGAUACAAAUGCGGACAAGGCGCACGCUGCGUGGCCACCUCGCUAAGAUCUACGCCAUGCACUGGGGAUAUGAUUCCAGGCUACUAGUCAGUGCAUCCCAAGAUGGAAAAUUAAUUAUUUGGGAUAGCUAUACCACAAAUAAGAUGCACGCCAUUCCGCUGAGGUCAUCCUGGGUGAUGACCUGCGCCUAUGCCCCAUCUGGGAACUACGUCGCCUGUGGAGGCUUGGACAACAUCUGCUCCAUAUACAACCUGAAGACUCGUGAGGGGAACGUGCGGGUGAGCAGGGAACUGCCAGGGCACACAGGCUACCUGUCCUGCUGUCGAUUCCUAGACGACGGACAGAUCAUCACCAGCUCAGGAGACACAACUUGUGCUCUGUGGGACAUCGAGACGGGGCAGCAGACUACGACCUUCGCAGGACACUCGGGUGACGUGAUGAGUCUCUCACUGAGUCCUGACUUGAAGACCUUUGUUUCCGGUGCUUGUGACGCGUCUUCAAAGCUGUGGGAUGUCCGAGACGGCAUGUGUAGACAGUCUUUCUCAGGACACAUCUCGGACAUCAACGCUGUCAGCUUCUUCCCAAGUGGCUAUGCCUUUGCCACGGGCUCUGAUGAUGCCACCUGCCGGCUCUUUGACCUCCGGGCAGACCAAGAGCUGCUGCUGUAUUCUCAUGACAACAUCAUCUGCGGGAUCACCUCUGUGGCUUUCUCCAAGAGCGGGCGCCUUCUGCUAGCCGGCUAUGACGACUUCAACUGCAGCGUGUGGGACGCGCUGAAAGGAGGCCGGGCAGGUGUCCUUGCUGGUCACGACAACCGCGUCAGCUGCUUAGGCGUGACUGACGAUGGCAUGGCUGUGGCCACCGGCUCCUGGGACAGUUUUCUUAGAGUCUGGAAUUAACGGUGCCCUAGGUUCUGUUCCGCAGUGGCUCUCUGGAGAUCCAUGCUACAGCCCGCAGCUGUAAGAAGACACUCUACCUUCUGUUUGCGGAUGAAGAUUUUUCUAUUGAGAUGACUACAUACGAAAGAAAGCGUCUUUGAAUAAAGUACAGCCAAAUGGUGGUCAGAGACAAUCCAGACUACUAAGGUCCCUUGCUGAGGGCGAAGGGCCUGGGUAUUAAGCAGUUGUGUUGACAUUAAGCCCGACAGAUUCCUGCUUGUGCUGGUCCUUUUUCUGUAGAUUAGAAUGCACACUCUAGCAGGUGACCGUUGUGUUUGCAUUUUGUUAGGGACUCCCCUUGAACUCUGUAUAUAUGAGAAACAUCACGUUUUUAAAGUAUUGUCAUGGAAGAGCCAGGACCCGUAAUGGGCAGAAGUGAUAUUGUAGAUAUAUGUGCUGUCUGAAGGAGUCCCCUUGGGCUCUGACGUUGCAGUUGAGUCACGAUGGCCUCCUGAUUAGCAGAGCCGGAGCCAGUGGCUGUUCAUGCAUUCUUUGCCAUGCUAGGGAUCUAAGUAAGUGCUCCUUUUGAGUCACUUGAGGGGACAGGUGAUGUGAAGGCCAGGAGGUAAAAAUAUCACCGACAUAGGGGGGCACACUGAAAUGUCAUUACAAUUUAUUAUAACCAGUAGACAUUGGCAUGUAUGUUAACUUUUGGUAUUCUAAAAGGCUGAGCCCUUUGAAACUUUAGAUCUUGCUGUUAAUUUCACAUUCUGAAACCAAGUUUGUAGAAUGUACUAGUAUUUCAGAAGUGUGACAAAAACCUGACUUGCCCCUGCUUCUGAAGACUCCUGUCCAGUAUGCUCUGUAAUGGGUAGGAAACAGUUGCUCACCUUUAACAUUUUUGAGAAAUGUAAAUUCAUCCACUCAACUGGCACUAACAUAUAUAAGAUGGCUUUAUGAAUUUUGUGUAAUGUAAGAUCUGAAUUGGUAUAAAUUAUCUGCACCCUUACACUUUUGCUCUUCUGUUUGGGUGGUGCUGCAGAAGGAAUCACUCUGCACCCCUGGCUUUUCAGAUGGAAGCAAGCGUUCUGCUGCCGUGCAGUAAUUCCUUCAGAGCACAACAGACCUGUUCCUACGUGGCUUGCAGCUGAGUGUCCAGAGCUGGCCCCUCGAGCCUGAAGCAUUGUUUCAGAGGGUCCGCUCACAGCAGGCUGUCCAGUUGCUCUGUCUGUCACUGGGCUGUCCUGCCUCUCCUCUUGUUUCCUCCUACAAAUUUAAGUGACUGACAAUAGCAGACUGUUAACCUCUUGCUGGGUGCUGCCUUCAUGGGUUACCUGGAUGUAUACAAAACAUUGAAACUCAGUAACACUUAUGUUGCUAUUUAAUAGUUUGUUAAAGUUGAUUAUCUGUAACUAACUUUAACACUUCCAAACUCUGGAGUUUUCAUCCUUAUACUGUGACUGUGCCCGUGUAUGUGUCUGCUGUGAUGAAAUCUGCAUCAGCUUUAUUAAGGUCAGUUGCCCUUCACGUAUUACAGUGGACAGAGCCUCCUCCCACACAGCUCCAGGGUUGGACCUGAGUGGGGCAGAAUGGGAAUGAACAGCCGACAGACACAGGAGAGCUGGGGCCAUGGAAGAAACUGCAGCCCCCAGGAAAUGAGUUUGUUACAUGGUGCUGCUGCAGACAGAUGAACAUACAGGAGACAGGGUUAGCUAAUCUGGGUGGGCGUGCUGUGGUGGACACACACAGCCCGGAACACCCAUACUCAAGCCAUUCUCCCGCACGUCUGAAGCAGCAGCACCCGCGUCACAGCGCACAUUAGCUCAGGGCUUCCUUUGCUUCCGACAGCAGGGAGGGGAACUGAGAUACAGUAUUGAAGAGAAACGGACCAUCAAUGGCAGCUGUGACUGUGUACCUCAGUCCUUACUCUGGGACCCCUUUGCUCUUGCCUAUUUGUGAAAUAGAGGGUUUACUUUAUGAAGCAUAGCUCUCUGAAAUAGGGCACAAUUUACUUAAAAGGGAAGAAUAAAAAAGACAGUGCUGGGCUGGACUCUAGCCCUCCUUGCACGUGCUGCCCAGAAGGCGCUCUCCCUCUGGGCUGCACAUGCAGCCUGCCCCACCCAAGCCAGAGUUGAGGCACAUUAGAGGAUCACAAUCAUUUCCCCAAAAGGGUGUGUUUCCAAGACUGCUGUGUAACUCAGAACUCACCCAAAACUCUGUUCAAAACAGCAUUUCUAAUAUGUAUUUUAAAACGGGGCUAAAGGAUUUAAUCUGUGGUAAAGUGCUUGAAGCACAGGGCCCUGGGUUCAGUCCUUAGCUUGGUGUCAGUCAAAAGUCAUACUGAAGAAUUCUAUGGCCCUAAAUAUUUUAAAAUGGAAUUCAGGGCAGGAGAGUUGGCUAAGCAGAUAAGAGCACUUGUUACUCUUACAGAGAACCUGGGUUCAAUUCCCAGCAACCAUGUGGCAGCUCACAACCACCUGUAACUCGUCUCAGGGAAUAUGACUCCCUUGGGCACAAGACAAAACAUUUGUACACAUAAAUCUAUGUUAAAAAAAAGGGGGUGUGCUUUCAUAUUAAAAGCUUGUGUAGAACAGAAUUUAAAGAUUUCCCUUACAAUGUAGCUGGAGAGUAACCAUGAUGAACAUAUGGCUCACUACACACAGUGCCCAUGUUUGGCACAGUAGUGACCUUAGCCAAGCUGCUUUCUACUGGUGGGUACCUUUAGGGUUUCUCUGCAGUUUGCUGUGGCUAAAUACACUGGCUUGCCUGAGACUUCCCAAAAUUAGCCUAUAUAAUGUGCCUUAGCAGGUUGAUGCUUAGCAUGCAAAACAUCAAACAAAAGUCGUCGUUGAAACGGGCAAGAUUUUUAACAUUUUGCUGUGGCUCCUGUCUUGGCCUCUGAGUCCACAAGCAUCUCUUCCCCAAGAGUGUUGUAAAGGCACAUGAUCUUUUCUAAAACACCGCCCUGUAGUUGAGUGAGUGUCCCAGAGUGCUGUUUGGCAACAACGGCUCUACCCGGAGAUGAACAAGUUCAUUUUUGGCAGCUGUGCUCCAUGUAAUAGUCCAGGUCCCUAACUAGCUGAGACUUCAUUGUGAUACACAUAUACUGUGUUGAAUUCCAAAUUCCUAAGAGCAGUGAGCGUUGGGCUCUGGUCCUUCAAGUUCAAGUCCAGUCAGUGGCUGUCAUUUUAAUUCAGACCUGGCAAGCUGAAUGAUGCUGUGUUUCUGAGAAUCUAUGACGUGACCUAGUGCAGUCCUUUAACCCUUCAUCUGGAGGGUUGCAUGUGAAGGAACACAAAGGGACCACUGAGAGUUGAGGCCAGUCAGCCAGGGCUAUCAGAUGGAAACCUUAUUUACCCCCAGGGACUGGAGAGAUGGCUCUUCUCAUAGAGAACAUGAGUAUAGUUCCCAGUUCAGGUGGCUAACAACUGCCUCUAACUUCAAGGAACCCAAAGCCCUCUUCUGGCCUUCUCAGGCCCCUGCACACACAAACGCAAUUUAAAAUAAAUCCCCCUUUAAAGAAAAAGAAACCCUAUCUUUAAAAAAAAAAAACCAUAAAAAUGACCAUUCUAUUGUUGAAAGUACUCUCCAAUCCCAUUGAAGACUUAGGUUUAGAGUAAAGCUAAGACUUUGUUUUAGAAGUGAAACUAUUCAGGGAAAUUAAGUGGGCAUGAACGUCUUGGAUUUUGAAUCAUAAUGCACGUUCUUGUAUUAACUAGCCUAGAAAAACUGAAUAAGCAGACCCCAGAUGGACCCUGCCAUCAUUUAAAUACAGAACAUCCCUUUAGACUGCAGAUCAGACCUGGCUUGUACUGUGUGUGUUCUCUGGCCACUGUGGAAAGCGCUGGUUUUACAAAGAUGAUCUUAAACUGAUCCUGUGGAACACGAGGCGCACAGCAGGCUCACUUCUGCUGGUCACUGCUUACAACAGGUGCUCAUGGGCUGUCUGAGUCAGCACUGUUAGCCACCGGCAGAUGGAACAUCUUGUAUUUAGGAAAUAUUUUACAUGUUUAUAGUUUUAAGAGUUUUUUUCUUAAACCCAAUGGCUAAUUUUGUAAAACAGGUGUAAUAAUGUAGCAUUAUGAGGAAAAAACUUUUUCAACUGUAUGAACUGCAUCCAACAAAAUCUUCCAUAGCAUAGUCUGUUAACUUAAGUGGUACAGCUGCAGGUUGUCCAGGCCCUUCUGUCUUUAUACAACGGUGCUCUAACCUAUCAUUUUUUCCUCGAAGAGGCUUCUCUUUGAACAUCUGCAUCGUCUCACUGGAACAAUGAUAGCAUAAAUGUGUCUUGAAGCAGAUUUGAGAAUUUUUCUAUAAGGCACCUUGGAAAUGUCCUCAAAUAUUUUCAACACAGGAAGCCAGCUGACUGAGUGUCAGCCAUGUCUAAAGCUUUCCCAUACAAGCAGAGGACCCAACAGUGCUGCGCUACAACAGUGGCCUGUGAACUGCUGUUGUGGCGAGCUGUACUAUACGCUGUACUCAAUAAAGUGCUCUUCACUCUUUCAUUGUGCCAUGUUUAAGUCAAACUUUAGUGAGAUUUUUAAAAUUAAGUCCCAGAACUAAUUCAGGUUCAGCACUUCCAUAGUUAACUCUACUUCCUUUGUUUAAAUGCUGUUUUUGUUGUUGUUUAAUAAGAAAGGAAGUAAGGGAGAGACUGUGUGUCACUGACCCAAAGCUAGCUUUUAGUUUAUUAUUAAAGCCACCAAUUUCUCAUCCACAGAUAGGUCGUUCCUUCAUUGUGGAGCAUAAGAGCAGGUCUGUAAUUCUAGUAGUUGGGAGACAGACACAGGAAGAUCCCAAGUUUGAGGCCAGCUUAGACUACAUGUAAGACCCUGUCUCAAAAGAAACAACAUUCAUGCUUCCCCUGUAGCUCACUUGGGGUAGUUUAGUUCCAUUUUUUAAAUUGAAAAAAAAAAUCUAUUCAAUGUUUAUAUCUCAUUACAAUUUUAAGAUUAAUGAAAGAGUUUGAAUUAGUUACCAAGACAAACAUAAAACAUUAGAGUCAGGCAUGACACACGCCUUUAAUUCCAACAGGUAGAUUUCUGAGUUUGAGACCAGUCUGGUCUACAGAUCAAGUUCCAGGACGGCCAGGGCUACACAGAGAAACCCUUUGUCGAAAACACCACCAACAGAGGAGGUUUGUAUUCUGCCUGUUUAGGGAGUUCUGCUGGCUUGGUUCUUACAGGCUGCGUGCCUACCAUGGAAACCUCUCAAACGGGAUCUCCCUGAGCCUGGCCAGAGGAACUAGAUGACAGUGGUGCAGUAGCCGCGGCCUCGGGUGUGACAGGCUUACAGGACUAUCAUGAAGUCACUAACGGAUAAAUGCUGCAUUUACCAACUGACGGCAAACAGGUUUAUUUUCAUCUUGCAAGCUUGCAUACUUAUAAAAAUGUUUUGUAAAAAGUUAAAGAUCAUAUAAAGUUUAUAAAACUGUAAACAAACAUACACAGUAAGUCAUCAGGUGUGUGCAGUAACCGAGCAGUAACAGUCAGCUACAUUCUGUGUGGUGCAUGAGCCCAGCCACAGGCGCACUCUAGUCUGGUAGAAGAGCUGGCUCUUUUCUCAACAGCCACGACUUCAGCUGGGAACUGCACUCUUAUUUAGUGAUGUAAAGCAUUCUGAACUAUGAACACUUGUUCCCAGACUUCAGAGUACACUGAGACCACCUGCAGGGCUUCUUUAAGCUUGCUGCAGACUCCAAACUUGAUAUGAUUCUACAACUCUGUGUUGAGCUUGAGAACCUGCACUUACAAGUUUCAAAGUAAUGUUGAUAACCCACUGAUCAAACCCAGAGAACUACACUGAAGCAUGCUAAUUAUGUGGCCAGAAGUUAAAGUACUCGGUGUAACUUUGUAACUUAUCAUGUAAUUUUCACCUUAUCCCACUUGGUUACCAUUUGGGGGGUGGAAAUAUCAGCAAUAAAAGCAAAAUGUAGUGAUGUGUGUUUAAAUUUGAAUAGUGCAGUCCCAAACCCAAUUUUCCUAAAGCAUUAGUAAUUCUGAAACUUUUCGAUGAUCUAAAUAAUGGUAUAAAAUAUUGUAACACUCUUUAAAAUUUUUAAAAUAAGAGAUGGACCUAUGGUACACACACACUUUUAAUCCCAUCACUUAGGAGGUGGAUCUCUGUGAAUUCAAGGACAACCCAAUGGAGUGCACUGUCCCCUGGAUGGCACAGCUGGCAUCUAGAAAAUACUCAUAGGUUAGCACUUUAUUUUCAUAGUCGGGUCAGAGAAGCAAUCUUCCUUGCCACUUAAAAGUAUUUCCAUAGACACUGUCAACCAGCCUCUAACAGAGGCACACAUAAUACCUGAACCAUAAACAUUUCACUAACAGCGA